AUGCCUCCUAGACAGGACCCAACUAACGCUCAGCUCGCUCAGGCCAUGGCUCAAUUGGCCCAAGUGGUGGCCCAGCAGGCCAAUGCUAGUGUUACGAUGGCCGCUGCCCAAGCUCAGAGAGAGGCUGAAGAACAUGCCAGAAGGGCGCAGAGGUUGGAACGGGAGCUGAACCAGGAUCAGGUCAGGAUGAGAACUGAUUUCAAUCGGCAGAACCCGCCAAAGUUUGAAGGGGAAGUUGAACCCGAGAAAGCGGAUCUUUGGAUCCAAGAGCUGGAAAAGAUUUUUGAAGCUUUGCACACAACUGAUGGAGAGAAGGUGAAUCUCGCUACCUUCAUGCUGAAAGGGGAUGCAGAGUACUGGUGGAGGAGCACCAGGCUGUUGAUGACGACUAACCAGGUGGCUAUUACCUGGGAUUCAUUCAAAACAGCUUUUCUGAACAAGUACUUUCCAGAGACUGCAAGAGAUGAUAUGGAGAACCGUUUCCUCAGACUGAAACAAGGAAGCAUGACUGUUGGGGAAUAUGCAGCCAAGCUGGAGAGUCUGUCGAAGUACUUUCGCUUCUUCCGAGAACAAGUUGAUGAAGGGUAUCUCUGCAACCGUUUCAUGAUUGGUUUGAGGGAUGAAAUUGAGGAGUCCGUCAGACCUUUGGGAGUCAGAGUCUUUCAACAACUGGUUGAGAAGUCUCGCGAGGUUGAGGUCAUGAAGAAUCGUCGAGGGAACCGACAGGAAAGUGGAGGGCCAAUCAGGUCUGGUCAGAAACAAGCUGGGAAGACUGAAAAGGGUAGGGCUGGUCAGAAGAAGCCUUAUCAGAAUGCAACUGGUAGGACAUCAUCUACCAAAGUCGGAGCAAAAACUCCGAGAGAAGAUGUUACUUGUUUCAAGUGUAAUGAGAAAGGGCACUAUGCCAAUGAAUGUGGGAAAGAGAUUACUUGCUGGAAGUGCCAGAAGACGGGGCACAUCUCGACAAACUGUCCUGAUGCGCCAAAAGCUGAACCUGUGUUGAAUACGGCAAGGGGGAGACGUCCAGUUGCUAAGGGACGUGUCUUUGCUGUUACUGGCAAGCAAGCUGAGGGUGUUGAAGAUCUUAUUCAGGGGUUCACCGGCGUUCGUGAACUCUAUCGUGGCGGAAGCAAGAAACGAUAG